AUGCUGAUGGUGGUGGGUCUAGCUGGGUUUGAAAGUUUUAGGGGGUGGAACUGGUGGUGCUGGGUGGGUUUAGGUGGUGGACUGGUGGCCAAAACAGAUUGUAUCGGCAUCUAUGAAGACUAUGCGGAUGGUUGGGACAAAAAACGCUUCUUCGGCGGCUUCACAAGAUUUGUUUCAGAUGGAAUGGCAGAUCCUGCUAGUUAUGGCAAUCCUGACCGUGACAUUGAGCAGGCACUCAUUGCACUGAAAAAAGGUACCCAGUUAAUCAAGUACAGCCGGAAGGGAAAACCUAAGUUUUGUCCAUUCAGAGUUUCUCCGGAUGAAACAACAUUGAUCUGGUAUUCCCAUGAAGCAGAAAGGAAUCUGAAGUUGUCUUCUGUUUCACGAAUUAUCCCUGGGCAGAGAACCGCUGUGUUUAGAAGAUAUUUGCGUCCUGAGAAGGAGUACUUGUCGUUUUCGCUCUUAUAUAAUCAAGGAGAAAGAUCUCUUGAUCUGAUUUGCAAGGACAAAGUUGAGGCAGAGGUGUGGCUUUCAGGCUUGAAAGCUUUAAUCCCCACCGGUCAAAGUCAUAGUAGACGUACUCGGAGUGACAUUUCUGAUUUACAUGACGGUGGUAGUGAUUUUGUUCAAAACGGGCGUCCAUCUGGUGCAAGUCUAGAGUUCACUCCUAGUAUUCCACGCGGCAAGGUUUCUGUUGAUUUUGGUUCUCGUGGAACUUCUUUGUAUUUGCCGAGCUCAGAUGUGGGGUCUGAACGAGCAAAUAUGCAAGUGAGAACAAGCACUUCAGAUGGUUUCCGAAUUAGUGUCUCAAGCACUCCUAGUUGUUCAAGUCAAGGUUCUGGACCAGAUGACAUAGAAUCAUUGGGUGAUGUGUAUGUCUGGGGACAGGUUUGGUCUGAUGGAGUUGCAAUUGAUGGAUCUGGGAUUCCAAUUGCUACAAAAACUGAUGUGCUUACUCCUAGGCCCUUGGAGUCAAAUGUUGUUCUUGAUGUUCACCAAAUUGCUUGUGGUGUCCGACAUGUUGCUCUUGUUACCAGGCAAGGUGAGGUUUUCACCUGGGGAGAGGAAUCUGGAGGCAGACUCGGUCAUGGAACUGAAAAAGACUUCAGUCGCCCUCAUCUUGUUGAAUUUCUGGCAGUUUCCAAUGUGGAUUUUGUCGCAUGCGGUGAGUAUCAUACAUGUGCUGUAUCUACAUCUGGUGAUUUAUAUACCUGGGGUGAUGGUACCCAUAAUGCUGGACUUCUUGGUCAUGGCUGUGAUGUUAGCCACUGGAUACCAAAAAGGGUUUCAGGUCCUUUAGAAGGACUUCAAGUUCUAUCAGUGGCAUGUGGGACGUGGCAUUCAGCAUUGACAACUUCUGGUGGAAAGUUAUUCACAUUUGGUGAUGGAACAUUUGGUGUUUUAGGCCAUGGCGAUCGAGAAAGUGUUCCAUAUCCCAGGGAAGUACAAUUAUUGAGUGGACUGAACACUAUAAAGAUUGCAUGUGGACUAUGGCACACUGCAGCCAUUGUAGAGGUCGCAAACCAGUCUAAUGCAAAUAUUUCAUCUAGAAAGUUGUUCACAUGGGGUGAUGGUGAUAAAAACCGACUGGGCCAUGGUAACAAGGACACUUACCUGCUUCCAACAUGUGUCUCUGCACUUAUUGACUAUAACUUCCAUCAGCUGGCUUGCGGCCACAACAUUACCAUUGUCCUUACAACAUCUGGCCAUGUCUUCACCAUGGGCAGCACAGCAUAUGGUCAACUGGGCAAUCCUCAAUAUGAUGGGAAGUUACCUUGCCUAGUACAAGAUAGAUUGGUGGGUGAGUUUGUUGAAGAAAUAGCAUGUGGUGCGUGUCAUGUAGCUGUCCUGACCUCAAGAAGUGAAGUAUUCACUUGGGGCAGAGGUGCCAAUGGAAGAUUGGGACACGGGGACACAGAAGAUCGGAAUAUUCCAACUUUGGUUGAAGCACUAAAAGAUAGGCACGUGAAAAACAUAGCAUGUGGCUCAAAUUACACUGCAAGUAUAUGCAUUCAUAAAUGGGUCUCUGGAGCUGAUCAAUCUGUUUGUUCUGGUUGUCGACAAGCAUUUGGUUUCACUAGAAAGAGGCAUAACUGCUAUAACUGUGGACUUGUGCAUUGCCAUGCUUGCAGUUCCAGAAAAGCAUUAAAAGCAGCAUUGGCUCCAACUCCUGGAAAACCACAUCGUGUCUGUGACUCUUGCUAUAUGAAACUUAAAAAGGCUGCUGAGGCUUGUAACACCCCAACUUUUAAUAGGAAAGUGACUUCACCUCAUCGUUCCAUAGACAGUAGUACUAGGCUAGACAGGGUAGGGACAAGGACUUCAAGAAUUCUGCUCUCACCCACUUCAGAACCAAUAAAAUACCUUGAGGUCAAGUCUGCAAUGCCUGGGACCAAAUCUGAUUCUUAUUCUAUAGUGAGAGCUUCCCAAGUACCGUCACUUUCACAACUUAAAGACAUUGCAUUUCCUAGUUCACUUAGUGCUCUUCAAUAUGCUCUGAAGCCUGUUAUAACAACCCCUCAGUCUCAGCCGCAGCUUCAAUCUCAUCCUCAGCCGCAGCUUCAGCCUCAUCCUCUGCCUUCAUCCUCUUCAAGACCUGCUUCGCCAUACUCAAGGAGGCCGAGUCCCCCACGUUCUGCAACUCCAAUAUUUUCUAGGGGUGUCAUUGAUAGUCUGAAGAAGACAAAUGAGCUUUUGAAUCAGGAAGUUUCCAAACUGCAAAACCAAAUUAAAAGCUUAAAGCAGAAAAAUGAAGUCCAAGAUGCAGAGAUUCAAAAAUUACAAAACAAUUCUCAAGAGGCUGCUUCUUUGGCUGCAGACAAAUCUUCCAAGUGUUCUGUUGCUAUAGAACUUGUCAAGUCCAUCACAGCUCAGCUGAAGGAAAUGACAGAGAAGUUGCCACCUGAGAUCCCAGAAUGUGAAACCUUUAAAGCUCUGCGUGCUCAAGUUGAAAUGUUUCUGAAUACCAAUUUAACUGAAGCAUCUGAAGACCAUUCUUCUUUGCCAUCAGAGUUGGUAUCUGACCAACAAAAUCUGCCUCAAAACACUUCAUCAGUCGGUAUGUUAGCUAACAGGAUGGAGGACCAUGUACAUGCUGGUAGAUUCCAAGACUUAUCAAAGGAUGGUGAAGGUACGCCACAGAACAGCAAUGGGCAAUCUCUUGAAGCUACCCCUCAACACUCUGAAAGUGAUUCAAGAUCACCUAAAGUAGCAAAUACUGGGGGAAAAAAAGAAGUCAUUGAACAAUUUGAACCAGGUGUUUAUGUAACUUUCAUUCAACUUGGAGAUAAUACCAAGAUCUUCAAGCGAGUUAGAUUCAGCAAACGAAGGUUUGCAGAGCAACAGGCAGAAGAAUGGUGGAAGGAUAAUAAAGAUCGGCUGCUUAAAAAGUACAGCCUAACCAAGUUAACCAGCACCCCAACCAGACCAUCUGGGGCUCCAACACCUGCUGAGGAAAAUGCCGAGGCAGCACCCUCCUCGUAG